UAGUGACAUUUUGCUUUUUAGGUUGUAUCACCAAAUCUAGGGAUGAUAUAAGCAAUGAAAAAUAGCGUUGCAUAGUACUGGUACCACCGGCUUUAGAGCCUAGAAUGACGACUCGGUGAGCGCCAAUUUGUCGAAGAGAAGAACCAAGGCACACGUGACGCGACCAGCAUAUCAUGGUACAAACUUUGCAAAAGCGCCUGGCGGGACGCGAGCUGGCGUAGCUGCUAUAGUCCAAGCCACCUACUCACCCACGCCAUCAAUUCUCGCCGCUCCACGCAAAGGUCACGGUCACCCCAUUCAGACACCAAAGAAGGCCGCAAGCAAGCUUAGCUAAACCGAAACCCACCGAACAGGAAAGGUGGGGACUGGGGAGGAAGAAGAAAACACCAAAUUAUUCCCCUCUCAUCAGGGCAGGCAACCGCAGCGCCCCCCGUCCCUCUCCUCCCGUCGUCAUCUAUCUCCCACUCACUCCCCACUCUACCACUGCUCCUCCACUGGCGAGAUGGGGAGAGGCUCGGGCGCCGCUCCCGUCUCGCCGCGCCUCGCGCUCGAGGUCGCGGUGCUGGCGCUGCUCGCGGCGGCGGCGGCGCUGCCUUCCCCGGCGGCCGGGGUCAACGUGACGGCCGUGCUCUCGGCGUUCCCCAACUUCGCCGACUUCGCGCGCCUGCUGGCGUCCACCCCCGUGGCCGGGGAGCUGACCGGGAGGUCGUCGCUGACGCUGCUGGCCGUGCCGAAUGCCAACCUGCCGCAGUCGCCCUCGGCAUUCGCGGCCGGCGCCGGCGCCGACAUCGCCGACGUGCUGCGGUACCACGUCCUGCUCGAGUACCUCUCCCCUUCCGACCUCGCUCGCCUCCCCGCGUCCGGGAAGCUCGUGACGACGCUGUUCCAGACCACGGGCCGCGCGCCCUCCGACCUCGGCGCCGUCAACCUCACCGCGGGGGCAAACUCCACCGUCGUGGUCCGCUCGCCGGCGCCGUCCCCGGGCUCGAACGCCACCGUCCUCGGCGCCGUGACCGCGGUGCCCUACAACCUCAGCGUGCUCGCGGUGGGUGGCCUCAUCGUCCCCUCCGGAUUCGACCUCGCGGCCUCCGAGAGCCGUCCGCCGCCGCCGGUGAACAUCACCCGGGUCCUCACCGAUGCGCGGGGAUUCAACGUGGCGGCCUCCAUGCUGCAGGCUUCCGGUGUGGCGAGCGAGUUUGAGGCCGACGAGCACGGCGCUGGCAUCACCGUCUUCGUCCCCACCGACGACGCCUUUGCCGGCCUCCCCGCCACCGACCGCCUCCAGUCCCUCCCCGCAGAGCGCAAGGCCGUUGUGCUCCGCUUCCACGUCCUGCACUCCUACUACCCGCUCGGCUCCCUCGAGUCCAUCGUGAACCCCGUCCAGCCCACUCUCGCGACCGAGUACACCGAGGCUGGCCGCUUCACCCUAAACAUAACCCGUGUCAAUGGCUCCAUCGCCAUUGACACCGGCGUCGUGCAGGCAUCCAUCACCCGAACAGUGUUCGACCAAAACCCUGUGUCAGUCUUUGCCGUCUCCAAGGUUCUACUGCCCAAGGAAAUGUUCAGCCGGGGGGAUUCUGACAGCACUACCAUGGCACCACCUUCAGCCGCGAUGGCACCUGGCGACGCCGGGAAUGAACAGACACCGCCGACAAGGCUUUCAUCCCCGCCUGACCUGCACGGCGAGGAUAGUGAGUCGUUAGCUGCUUUGAUGACAGCAAAGGGGGCUUCUUGGUGGUGUAUAGGAUUGAUGUAUCUACAGCUGCAUCUGUUACUCUCUCUGGUAUGAGAUCCAGGUGUGCUUGUUGCUUGCUUCGUUGUGCUCAGAUUUUGUUCUUCUUACUGUCUAGAACGUCUACACCGGAAAAUGGAUGGGUUGGGGAGAGAAUUCCGUAGCUGCAAAGUAGCAAACAGAUUAGUUGCUUCACUUGAUUAUUCCCUUUUCUUUUCCUUCUGUCGUGUGGCAAAAGGGAAAUAAUAUCAUGUGUAGGAAUCUAUGCAGUCAUUCUGUUCCACAAUGAAAUAGUAUUUUCUAUUCAGCA